AUGGAAGCAAACCGUAGAAGAAAUGGAGGAGAUGAGGCACUGUCGAGGAAGCUUCACAUUGUUUAUUUCCUGAGCUGGAAUGGAAAGAUGGAGCAGCCUCACCUCAUCUCUCUUCACAACCAAAAUAAUAAUCCUCUUCACCUUCGAGACUUUAAGAGACGGCUUUCUGAGCUCAGGGGAAGAGAAAUACCAGAAUCCUUUGCAUGGUCAUAUAAGAGGAAGUACAAAACCGGGUAUAUUUGGCAGGAUGUCACCGACGAGGAUGACCUGAUCCCCACCACUAACCAUGAAUAUGUACUAAAGGGAUCAAUCAAAAUCACACAAAAAAUAAAAGAAGAGAAAGAAGCAAAGCCUGUUACAGAAAUGAACAAGGAGUCGUCGAUACAAACAUUAGCCUCAACUUCAUCUUCAAGGUCCCAGAAGGCUGAUGGAAGAACCGAAGUUUUCAAGGUUGAUGCAUGGAGGGAGGAUAUCAAAAGAUUAAAGAAGCAGAAGAAUGAAGAAAUUAUCAUGGAGAAUGAGAUGAAGUUUCGUGGAGUUGGAAGAAAGAAGGGAGAUGGUAAUGGUGGUUGCAAGUGGGGAUCAAUUAUGAGUAAUCUGCUGAAUUGCAGAACUGUUGAGAUGAGGGAACAGUAA